AUGGUACACGCACUCAAACGCCGUGUGGCAUAUGUGGCGGAAGAAGGUGCAGCUCUGGUGAAUGUGUAUCCGCUAACGAGUGCUGUCCCGACGAGACGCGGUGCGGGUCGAGUUGUGUGGCAAAUCUCCGUGAAUGCUGCGAUGGCCAACCGAUUUUCAAUGCUUCAAGCGUCAACCUCCUGUGCUGCGAUGGUACACGUACUCAAACGCCGUGUGGCAUAUGUGGCGGAAGAAGGUGCAGGUCUGGUGAAUGUGUAUCCGCUAACGAGUGUUGUCCCGACGAGACGCGGUGCGGAUCGAGUUGUGCGGCAAAUCUCCGUGAAUGCUGCGAUGGGCAACCGAUAUUCAACGCUUCAAGUGUCAACCUCCUGUGCUGCAAUGGUACACGCACUCAAACGCCGUGUGGCAUAUGUGGCGGAAGAAGGUGCAGGUCUGGUGAAUGUGUAUCCGCUAACGAGUGUUGUCCCGACGAGACGCGGUGCGGGUCGAGUUGUGCGGCAAAUCUCCGUGAAUGCUGCGAUGGGCAACCGAUAUUCAAUGCUUCAAGUGUGA